AUGGAAGAGAAUGUAAAGCGAGAUUUUGUCCUGUCAUUCUAUGAAUUAGUCAUAUUGUUUGCGUAUGUAUUUAGCAAUUUCAAACUAAACGAUCAAGAAGAUUGCGAACAGAUUUGGCUUUCAAUUGCAACUGACAUUCAAAUACGAAAAUUCGAAAAUUUAGACGAUAUACCUGAAUUUCAUCAAUUGUCUGAUGAAUUACAGAAGACACUCAAAAGUGAACUUACAACAUUGAAUAAUCAACACAAAAUGUUCUAUGAUGAACAAGAACUGAAGAAUUUCCAUGUAAUAUUAUAUGUCAAAGACAAAGAAAAUUAUCUUGCAAUAUAUGAAGAACAAACUCAAUCGCAACAGAUACGAGCAAUAGUUAAAAGGAUGAGAUUGGCGGAACUUUACCAAUGCCUUUUGAAUUCUAUUCACAAAGAUCCUGACCAAGAUCAAACAUCAAAUAAUGAUCACCAGGAACAAUCUCAACCGAUAGAAAAAAACAACUCGAAUAGUACUGGAUUAUCACGUUGGCGCAACUUCUUGUCCCGUGUGCCAAAUACGAACGUACAAGACUAUAUGCCGUCAUUUCUUCAACAGUCUACUUCAACUUCCGAAUUACGACGUAAUGAAUUGAUUGAAACUUGUAUGGUGCGUAAACUAGAAAGCAUUUUGAAUGCGAAGUGA